UGACUCCUUCUGUCAUCUGACUGACAGCCACACAAUUUACUUGCUCUACAGAUAAUUCUUUUUCACCAAAAAAUAAUAUCUGUAAUUUACCUCGUUAAUAAUGGCUGCUUCAGCAAUUCCCUUUAUUAUUUUCACCGUCCUUUGGGGUAUAGUGGGUGUCGUUUUACCUUUUAUAGUGCCAAAAGGACCAAACAGGGGGAUUGUGCAAGUCGUUUUGAUAUUGACAGCAGCUUGUUGCUGGCUCUUCUGGCUCUGCUGCUACAUGGCCCAAAUGAACCCCCUAAUAGGACCCAAACUACACCAGAACACGAUUUUAUUGAUGGCAAGAGAAUGGGGAAAUCCAAUCAGCGAUUUGUAAUUUAGUCAACCAACAUUCCUGAAUAUCUUCUGAUAUAAAAUUUCAUACUGUGUGAUGAUGAUAAAUGAAGAUAAUAUGAUUUACAUUUCACAUAAAUGUGUACAUAUAAUUUUAAGAACAAGUUAUUAAUUUGCGUGUAUUGUUAUAUAGAUAUUUUAUGAGAACUAUUUCGUUUGUAGCAAAUAUAUUGUGUUCCUGAGA